AUGAAUUUCCCGAACUUCGAGGGCCAGUACGUCACAGGGUUAGCUACUGUGAUUUGCUGCAAACUUGCUACGGCACGAAAUGUGCAAAGACGCAUGAUCGCACCGGCUCGCCUGGUGCGUUUCAGCCCCGGAGAGCUUUCACGUCCUGAUUAUUGGAUUCGGAUUGCAUUUGGUGGCCUGGCGAGAUGGGAUGCUGUACAUUUUCUGCAUAUCGCCCAUUACGGAUAUACGUUCGAAAAUUCGCUCGCAUUCUUUCCACUCUUCCCAACUUUGAUUCACUAUUUGACGCUUAUUUGGAGCUGGACAAUGCCAUUCAUUCAUUUUUCAUCAGCUCUCAUACUAACUGCUGUCACACUUAAUUUCGUGGUUUUUAUACUCUGUGGUCAAUUGCUCUAUGCUUUGUGUCUGCUUCUGACGAAAUCGAUAAAAGUGGCGCUGAUUGCCAGUAUUAUAUUCAGCCUAAAUCCUGCUAGCAUAUUCUUUUCGGCGAUUUACUCGGAAGGUAUCUAUAUGCUGUUCACGCUAAGUGCUAUGUUCACGCUGUACGCCGAUCCAGGACUUCCAUUCAUACGCCACGUCGUUGCUGCGUUGCUUUUCUCAUUUGCAUUCGCUACCCGCCUAAAUCCUGCUAGCAUAUUCUUUUCGGCGAUUUACUCGGAAGGUAUCUAUAUGCUGUUCACGCUAAGUGCUAUGUUCACGCUGUACGCCGAUCCAGGACUUCCAUUCAUACGCCACGUCGUUGCUGCGUUGCUUUUCUCAUUUGCAUUCGCUACCCGAUCAAAUGGCAUCCUCAAUUUUGGCUACAUUAUGUUCCAGUUACUGGUGGAGACGAUCUAUUCAGCUUCAUUGCGGAAAUAUAUCUGGCAGCGCGACUGUGGUACUGUGAUGUUGAAGGUACUGCCACAUGGUACCAGGACGCACAACAGAUUCUGUUCUUCGAAUGCUACAAGUAACAGUAGCACAGAAUUGCUGCCUGAUUCUGUGCGUCAGUAUGCCGUGGAAAACAAUUUGGUACUUCCCGAUGAUCUCAAGAAACCGAUCUGGUGCAAGCAGAAGCGAAGUAUGCUAAAUCCAAUGCCAGUAUUUUACGUUCACAUCCAGAAGAAGUAUUGGCAAGUGGAACCAUUCGGUUACUGGCAGCUGAAGAAGCUGCCCUGUUUUUUGAUGGCUUCUCCUGUGGUCUUUUUCGUUGCGUACGGCUCUCUGGUGGAACUGAAUCGUCUCAGGACACUGCGAGGGUCAUUAUUUGUUGCUCUGUGGUACUCGCUGCAAGAUCCAUGCAGUUUGAUCCCGUUUCUGGUACAUUCGCUGCUGCUGACUGCUCUGGCACUGGUACUUUAUAAUGUCGAGGUACUCACUCGCAUAACUUUCUCUUCAUCACCAUUCAUUUAUCUGGUACUGGCGCAAUACAUGGAUCAUCGAACUCCGCUAAUAACGCUGGAAGACGUGCAAUAUCCGACGCUAUUGCCAUUUUUGACGAAUUUUUCCAGAACACAUUGGUCGCACUUGUUGCUUCUGUUAUACCUGUUG